GGAAGUUGCUUAGGCUGAGACUUUCGUUCCCGAGGGUCGCCCCUGUACAUUUGCGCCCAAGCGCAGCUGCACACUGACAGAUUCAGCCGCAACAUCGACAGACCCUUGACCCGCAAUUGGCCGGUUUCUGAAGAAGCUGAGAAGACGGGCAAUGCUAGCUUUCUCCCUAGUGCCCGAGGAUUCCUCGCACCAGCUUCAGCAGACUAGACAUCUCUCUGGCCAGCCGACGCCGAGACUGGGGUUAGAGUGAUAGGAUCUUCCACUUGCUCCCUUCUUCAAGUGACCCUGAUCUUUCUUCUUCCCUGGUAUCUCCUCUCCCAGACUGCAAACAGGAGAGUGAAUCAUCAGUCCGCCAGGGGGAGCGCCGGAACCAAGCCCCGAUCUGACCGGAUCGCCUGGGUCCUCUGAAGAGUGGCGAGGGUCCCUCCAAUCUGCGGGCGCGGAGGGCGGAGCGCCAGUUAUAGCAGAGAUAGAAGAAAAAUCUCAAGAGCCGUCACAGAGCCCAGAAAGGCAAGGGAUCGGCUCUGCUGGAGCACCUUGGGUGAAGAAACCGACCGUUUCCGCCUUGCGCCUCUCUCCCUUUUCAAGAAAAAGAAAAAAACAACAAGCCGACUCCUCGCCCCUUUCCAUUGCAGCCGCGUGGACCGUUCUAGGGGAAGAGAAGACGCCCAAAGAGCUUGAUAGAAUCCAGGCCUGAUAUCUCCAUUCCAAUUAUGUUGGGGAAAAGGUGGUAACCUGCUGUGUAAAAGCAAAGUACUUAGAAGCCCAACCCUUUGGUACUCUGGCCCUGGCUGAAUUUUCUAGCUGUUGAGCUUUCACUACUUCCUGCCCACAUUGACCAUCAUGGAAUCUGAAGAGGGCAAUACCACUGGUGAACACAACAAUUUUGCAGCUAUCUUCAACUCCCAUCGAGAUCGUGCUGCAUCUUUCCCAUUCAACUUUACCUACGGUGACUAUGAUUUGCCUCUUGAUGAGGAUGAGGAUGUAACCAAGACCCGUACUUUCUUUGCUGCCAAGAUUGUCAUUGGUGUAGCUCUAGUGGGCAUCAUGCUGGUCUGUGGCAUUGGUAACUUUAUUUUUAUUGCUGCCCUGGCCCGAUACAAAAAGCUGCGCAAUCUCACCAACUUGCUCAUUGCCAACCUGGCCAUCUCUGACUUCUUGGUGGCCAUUGUAUGCUGUCCCUUUGAAAUGGACUACUAUGUGGUCCGCCAGCUCUCCUGGGAGCAUGGCCACGUGCUCUGUGCCUCUGUCAACUAUCUUCGAACUGUCUCCCUCUAUGUCUCUACCAAUGCCUUGCUGGCCAUUGCUGUAGACAGAUAUCUGGCUAUUGUUCAUCCCCUGAAGCCACGGAUGAAUUAUCAAACUGCCACCUUUCUGAUAGCAUUGGUCUGGAUUGUAUCCAUUCUUAUUGCCAUCCCAUCAGCUUAUUUUGCAACAGAGACUGUCCUCUUCAUAGUCAAAAGCCAGGAGAAAAUUUUCUGUGGCCAGAUCUGGCCGGUGGAUCAGCAAAUAUACUACAAAUCCUACUUCUUAUUCAUCUUUGGCAUUGAGUUUGUAGGACCUGUGAUCACCAUGACCCUGUGCUAUGCCAGGAUCUCCCGAGAACUUUGGUUCAAGGCUGUCCCUGGUUUCCAGACAGAGCAGAUCCGGAAACGUCUUCGUUGCCGAAGGAAGACAGUCCUGGUGCUCAUGUGUAUUCUGACCGCUUAUGUGAUCUGCUGGGCUCCUUUUUAUGGCUUCACCAUUGUCCGGGACUUCUUUCCUACUGUGUUUGUGAAGGAGAAGCACUAUCUUACAGCUUUCUAUAUUGUCGAAUGCAUUGCCAUGAGCAACAGCAUGAUCAAUACUGUGUGCUUUGUCACUGUCAAGAACAACACUAUGAAAUACUUUAAGAAGAUCAUGCUGCUUCGCUGGAGGUCUUCAUACAAUGGGAGCAAAUCUAGUGCAGAUGUUGAUCUCAAGACCAGUGGCAUGCCUGUUACAGAAGAGGUGGACUGUAUCAGAUUAAAGUAAUCUAUUAGAUCUUUAAAAAAGAAAUAAAACAUCCGUUAAGGGAUAAGGUAUCAGAGGUAAAGAGCAUGCUAUUAGAUGAAAGUUACCAACUGAAUCAUGGCUCAAAUAUUUUGUGAUAAGACAAGUACAUUGAUGCAAUCUAGGAUCUCACAAUUUGAUAGAUGAGCAGAUAUCAUCAUGCCCAUAUUUAGCACUUACUGUAUAUAAAAUUGUAUGUUAGGUUCUAGGGAUAUAAACUUGUGUCCAGAAUGUAUCAAGAGAAGAAUAAAAAUAUAAAUUAAAUCAAAACAUUCUUAAACAAGGCAGCAUUGCACAAUGCAUUGAAGUACUGAGCUGGGAUUAAAGAAUAUCUGGAUCCAAAUCCUACUUUCAACGUUUAGUUGUUGUAUAAUCCUGACCAAAUCAUUUAGCUUUUAUAAACUACAAGCGCAUUUUCUGGAUUUUACUAAUAAGCUAUUAAUAGUAGUAAUCUGUGCCAAUGGAGGAAUUUUACAUACUGGAAUUUCUUUACCCUGGCAAAAAUCACAGACUUCUUCUUGUAUUUGAGUAUGAAAAAUAAAGUGUUGGUUUCUUGGACAGAGCGGUGACAAGCAAGUAAUCAUGCUGGUGAGCACAGAAAGUUAAAUGUAUUCCUUAAGUUUUAGGUCCUGCUUCUGAUUCCCAGGACUACUGUCCAAAUAUUGACAUGGAUCUUCUCUGACAUUACUCCUGGUCAUGAAUUGUUCAGGUACCAAAUCCUGUGCUAUCAGGGACAAAGAAUGAAGGUGGUACAUUUAGACUGUCAGCCUUUUGUAUUCUUGUACCUCUUGUAAUUUCUAGAACAUACUCCAUGCUGGGGAUGACAGAGGAUAAGAGGUCCUUUUCAAAAGGAUUCAACUUACUAUAGGCAACUUUUUUACGUGGUAUAAUAUGAAGGGCAAAAGGAAAGCUUCUCAUAGUUCUCUUCAUGUCAAAAAUUCCACUAUUCAUGAUUCAUAGGCUAUCCCUCUCUCAGUGAACAUCUUUUGAAAUGUAAGUAUUCCUGAAAGGGGAUGAACUGAAUAAAUCCAGCUGACCUGAACAUGGCAGAGACUGGGGGAUUUGGGAUAACAUUGGAUAUCUGCUGGUAAGAGAAAUUCAAAAGAUAUGGACUUCCUUAUUACAGCUAAAUAAGAGUGAUCUGUUAUCCUUAGGUAGCUUCUUUGGACAAAGGAAGACUCCAGUGCAAAUACUACCACCUCCAAUCUUUCUUCAUUGUUCUUUGUGUGAGCUACUCCAUUGUUCUCUUAGAGGUUAGCUGACAUCCUGGUGAAAGAGAUCAAGGUCGGUGAAGCAAUUAGGAGCAAAUGAUCUCAUCCAUUUGGCUCAGUGACCUCCACAACAGCAGCAAGAUUUCAGAAUGAGUUGUUGAUGAGCUUCUCCAUGUUUGGGAAGUUCAAUGGCAUAACAAACAGCAUGAUAGACUUGGGGCCAGGGAACUUUGAUACUGGCUAUGUCACCAUGAACAAGUUACAACCUCAUCAAGCCUCAAUUUCCUCAUUUGUAAAAAGGGAUCAAGUUUAUCACACUGUCUACCUCACAGAGUUUCUGUGGGAAAAGCAACAUUAAUAUGACUUCUUGUUAUAUGAGUUCUUCCAAGACUGCAUGUUCUUAGAACUCUAUCAGUUAUCAUCUCUGGUUAUGCUUUUCUUAUUCCAUGUGCAUAUGUCUCUCUAGCAGGACUUCAUUUUCUUAUUGGCCAUUGGUAUUCAUAAAAGUUCAGGCUUACUGAGAAAUAGGUCUGUGGAAAUUAUAAAAGGCAUGGGUGGGGUGAGGGUUUUAUCCUUUUCCAAAUACAAAUGUUCUUUUCUGCAGUGAAUUUUCAAACUCUGACCAAUUUCUUCCCACCAUGCAGUAUUCUCAGCUCCAUUCCCCAGCCAAAGUAUCCUCAAAGGAUGCAAAGAACUUUAAAUAGUCGUCUAGGAAAAACAUAACUUGGAACACACCAAAUCACACAAUACACUCUAAUGCCAAGAAAUUAAGUCUAGGAUUAUCUGGGAUGUUAUUUGAGUUUUGCUUUUUAGAAAGUAGUAGGAUCCAUGCCAUUGCCUUCUCUCCAUUAGCAAGGAUAAUUGAGAGUUGGCUAUAUUAAACCUGAAGCUUUUUAGAUAAUACCAUGUUCUCCCCCAUUGUUGUUAUGAAACCUUCCCCUUCCCUCUCAUAGUAAUAGGAACAUUUGCAAUUAUAAGAGGAUGGAGUGCUAGAACUGGAGACCUGGUUUUUUCUGCCCCAGACCCAAGCCAUAUGACUCUGGAUAAGUCACUUAACUUCUAAGUCUCAGUUUCUUCAUCUUUAAAAUGGGGGUGAUAAGUCUCAGUUAUUGUAAAAAUAAAAUGAGAUAAUGUAUUAACAGUGUUUUGUGAACCAUAACUAUAUAAAUGUCACAAUUAUCAUCAUUAAGGUUGUUGUUAAAUAUUGUCCACUUAUGGUGUUCUAGGAAAUGUAAAUUUUGUGUUGUUUCCAAGUAAAACAAUGGAUAUGGAAAACUGACCACAUUAUUCAUGGAUAUCCCUCUCUUCCCCCCCCCCCCAAAAUUGUUUUACUGUGUCUAUAUACUUGGACAUAAAUGUUGUAGAAAUAAUCUGAGCAACUUUGCUUUUGACAGGAAAUGUGCGGGCUUUGCCUGUAUAAAGUACUUAAAUAAAUAUUUGUCAAAUUA